AUGAGGGCUCUGCUGCUCCUGGGGUCCGUGCUGAUGAGCCUGGGUUUGAUACUUUCGGCUCCACCAUGGAAAGGCCCCAAGGAAUCCAAGCGUGGAGCUGACGAGCCCACGGUGGUUCUCACGGUCGAUGGGAAACUCUGCCACUUCCCCUUCCAGUACCACCGUCGUCUGUACCACAAAUGCAUCCACAAAGGCUGGCCAGGCUCCCGGCCCUGGUGUGCUAUCACUCCCAACUUUGACCAGGACCAGCAGUGGGGAUACUGCUCAGAGCCCAAGAAAGUGAAAGACCACUGCAGCAAACACAGCCCCUGCCACAGAGGAGGGACAUGCUUGAACACCCCCAGCGGCCCACACUGUCUCUGCCCAGAACACCUUACUGGCAAACAUUGCCAGAGAGAGAAGUGCUUCGAGCCUCAGCUUCUCCGGUUCUUCCACGAGAACGAGAUAUGGUUUAGAACUGAGCCAGGUGGUGUGGCCAGCUGCCAGUGCAAGGGUCCUGGGUCUCACUGCAAGCCGCUGGCCAGUCGGGCCUGCAGCACCGAUGUGUGCCUCAAUGGGGGCACCUGUCUCCAGGUGGAGGGCCACCGACUGUGCCAUUGCCCUGCGGGCUACACUGGGCCUUUCUGCAACUUAGACAUUAAGGCGACCUGCUAUGAGGGCAGGGGGCUCAGCUAUCGGGGCAAGGCUGGAACCUCUUUAUCCGGUGCUCCCUGUCAGCUGUGGGCCUCGGAGGCCACCUACCGGAACAUGACUGAGAAGCAAGCGCUAAGCUGGGGCCUGGGCCAUCAUGCUUUCUGCCGAAACCCGGAUAAUGACACGCGUCCAUGGUGCUACGUCUGGAGUGGCGACAGGCUGAGCUGGGACUAUUGCGACCUAGAGCAGUGCCAGACCCCAACCCAGGCAACGCUAACAUCUCGAGUUCCCCUUGGGCGUCAGGACCUGCCGAUGCCCCAGCCUUCCACACUGCAGAAGCCUCAUCCCACGUCCCAGGCGCCAGCUCUGUCCCACGCGCUAGAUGCCUCUCCUGAGCAUCACACUCCUCUGGCCAGGACCAACCCGGUGGGCUGCGGACAACGAUUCCGCAAGCGACUGUCCCCACUCAGCCGCGUGGUGGGCGGGCUAGUGGCUCUGCCGGGAUCGCACCCGUACAUCGCUGCGCUGUACUGGGGUGACAACUUCUGCGCGGGCAGCCUUAUCGCCCCCUGCUGGGUGCUGACCGCAGCUCACUGCCUGCAGAACCGGCCGGCGCCCGAGGAGUUGACGGUGGUGCUCGGUCAAGAUCGCCAUAACCAGAGCUGCGAGCGGUGCCAGACGCUGGCUGUGCGCUCCUACCGCCUUCACGAGGGCUACAACUCCAUCACCUACCAGCACGACUUGGCUCUGCUGCGCCUGCAGGAAAGCGAAAACAACAACUGCGCAAUCCUGUCGCCUCACAUCCAGCCCGUGUGCUUGCCCAGCGGUGCAGCCCCACCGUCGGAGACAGUGCUCUGCGAGGUGGCCGGCUGGGGUCACCAGUUCGAGGGGGCGGAGGAAUACGCCACCUUCCUGCAGGAGGCGCAAGUACCCUUCAUCUCCCAGGAGCGCUGCUCCGACGCUGACGUGCACGGGGACGCCAUCCUGCCUGGAAUGCUUUGCGCUGGCUUCCUGGAGGGAGGAACCGAUGCCUGCCAGGGUGACUCUGGGGGUCCUCUGGUGUGUGAAGAAGGGACUGAAGAGCACCGGCUCACCCUAAGAGGUGUCAUCAGCUGGGGCUCCGGCUGUGGUGACCGCAACAAGCCCGGAGUCUACACUGACGUAGCCAGUUACCUGGCUUGGAUCCAGGAGCAUAUUGCUUCAUAACUAACCAGGGUUAGUCUUUCCCUCAGAGUGUUCCCUGGAGUGUGAGGGUGGCUAUGGCAUGAUGGAUGGCCACUGUGAAGACGUACUCAGGCAUCAGGGGCACAGAAACUCAAUAAAGCGCUUUGAAAAUGA